AUGGAAGACGUUGAAUCCGGAGACGGUACCGGGAACUACGGCAACGAAAUCGCGGACGACAGUAACAAUAAUAACCCUCGGGUACUGGAUCGCGACGACAGCGAGCUCGACAAGCAUGAUGAUCCCUUUGCUCCACGCGAAGGCAAAACCCUCACCUGGACUAACAUUCACAUGACCUUGGCUGGAAAGGGUGAGGAGUCCGAACGCAAACUUCUCGAUAACGUGUGGGGCGAGGUACCGGAGAAGCAAACGACGGCGGUCAUGGGUCCUUCCGGAGCCGGCAAAACGUCGCUUUUGAAUAUUCUCGCCGGUCGCGCCAGUUCGCACGGACGCGUCAAGAUCGAAAGCGACGUUCGUCUCAACAACUAUUCCGUCGAUCCGACCAACAUCAAGGUCCGCAAGCUGAUUGCCUUUGUUGCGCAGGACGAUUCCUUGCAGGUCACUUCGACGCCCCGGGAGGCCAUUCGCUUUUCCGCCAAGUUGCGUCUACCCAGAGCUACGACAGAUCACCAGCUCGACAAACUCACCGACCGCAUGAUCACCGAACUAGGACUCACGGCCUGUGCCGAUUCCAUUGUCGGAGGGGAACUCAUCAAGGGAAUUUCCGGAGGAGAACGUAAGCGUACUUCGGUCGGGGUCGAACUCGUCGUCAAGCCUGCCUUGGUCUUUCUCGACGAGCCUACCAGUGGUUUGGAUUCCUUCAGUGCCGUGCAGUUAUGUCAGGUUCUCAAAAAGGUAGCCAACGCCGGAUCGUCCGUUUUCUUUACGAUCCAUCAGCCUUCUUCGGAAAUCUUCAAUUCCUUCGACCAUUUGAUCCUCAUGAACAAGGGACGCGUCAUGUACACCGGCUCGGUCCACGGAGUGCCGGACUUCUUUGCCUCUCGAGGACAUCCCAAUCCUCCCAACUACAAUCCGGCCGAUUUCAUCAUGAACGUUGCACAGUCGGUGCCCGUCAAGCAACUCAACGAGGAUGGAUUCUUCCCCACCGACGAACGCAAAAUGGGGGAAGCCUUUGUUCCGGAUGACGGAAAGGAUGCUCUCGGGAUUACCGUUACCCGUCGCACUGCUCGUGGUGUUGACGUGUACGACACCAAACCCCCCGGUCUCGUGACGCAGGUCAAGCUGCUCUUUACUCGUGAAAUUAACAACUUGCGUCGGGAUGUUACGGCUCUUGGUGCCCGCUUUGGCCUCACCAUCUUUUUGGGAGUCUUGGUUGGUAUCAUCUUUUUGGAUGUGGGCAAGACUGAUCCCACUGUCGCGGUCAAUCUGCAGUCCCACUUUGGUGCCCUCAUUAUGGUCCUCCUUAUGAGCAUGUUCGGGACCGCCCAACCCGCCCUGUUGUCCUUUCCCGAAGAACGCCCCGUCUUUUUGCGCGAGUAUUCCACCAAUCACUAUUCGGUCAUUUCUUACUUUUUAUCGCGAUUGACCAUGGAAGCCGUGGUGACUGGACUUCAGGUAUUUGUGCAGGCCAUUAUCACGUACUUUAUGAUCGGCUUUCAACUGUCCUUUGGUUUGUUUUGGGCCGUUACGUACUCUCUCGCCAUGGCCAGUACGGCGUUGGCCGUGUUGCUGGGUUGUUCCGUGGAGGAUCCCAAACUAGCACAGGAAAUGUUGCCGAUUUUGUUUGUGCCGCAGAUGCUCUUUGCCGGCUUCUUUGUCGUGCCUGAUUUGAUUCCUGUCUGGUUGCGCUGGGCUCGUUACCUUUGUACCUUGACCUACGCCAUUCGCAUUCUCUUGGUGGAAGAAUUCUACGAUUGCGAUCCUGGUAAUCCAGAAGCCAACAAUGCUUGCAACGACUUGGUCUCGAACAUUGACGCCGACCCGGACGAGACGUGGUGGAAUUGGUUGGUGCUCGUAGCGCUGUUCGGGGUCGCCCGUAUUUUUGCUCUCUAUAUUCUCCGUCAAAAGUCCACCAAAUUCUUUUAA